GUUUCCUGUUCAACUCUUUCGAGCCAAAUAAGACGAAAACGGCGGCGGGGUCUCCCUCCACGGCCGAACCGAAAACUGCCGUCUCCGGUGACGGUUCAUUCGGACAUGACAUCAGCGACGGUGCGAGACGUUUCCGCAUUCCCAAGCUCACGUCGUCGGUGGGUGUCGUGAGCUUUACACUCAAGCGAUCAUUUACACGGGAACCCCGCCGAGAGCAACGCACCUCCCGCCGGGUGAGUAAGCCCCCCCCUCUCCCACUCGCUGCUCUUUUUCCCAAACUGUCCGUCUUAUCCACUUCUUUUCUAUCCGUCGUGUUAUUUACAAGUGAUUUGAUUUGUAUAGCGCCCGUUCUCUCGACGUGUCACAACAGGUUGACACGUACAAGAUGAACGUGCCCAGACACCGCACGCAAAUAUUUGAAUUAUCACACUUUUAAUCCUGUGGGUUUUUUUCCCCCCCCUUUGAAUGGCAUAAAGAGUGCCAAUGUUCCAUUUUGUCACAAUGGCUGCUUGUUCAUCAGCCAUGGACUCCCCAAAAAUACACAUUUUCAUGACUUGUCUUAUGUCAGUUGAUGGCAAACAAGGUCCAUCUUGGGUUAACUUCAAAAAAUCCAAAAAUAAAACAAAGUGUUAAACGAAAAAAAUAAUAUUAAAACUGCAGGUGGUGAUGAAGGGGCUCUCACUCCCCCCUUUUUCGCAGCGUAUCAUAGAAAGCGUCAUCCAAAAUGUCUGCUUCGAAACAAAAUGGACUUUCUGUUCAAUUUCAAGGAAUGGGUCCUUGAGACUUUAGUUUUUUUUUCCUCCCCAUGUUCUGUCACGGUAGAGGAAUUUCACGCCAAUCGGCGAACCCCCGUCUUUUUCAUUGAGAAUUCCCCAAAUCCAUCAAAAUGUCUGCGCCAAACCAAAAUGGACGACUGACUUCCUGUUGUAUUUCAAACAUGGGUACUUGAGACUUUUUUUUGCGCGUCCUGUUCUGAUAGACAUAGCCAGCCAAUUUCGCGUUUUAAACCGAAACCAUGCCUGUUGUUUUUUCCCCCCCAACUUUCCAGGGGGCGCUACUGAGUGACUUUCGAUGGGCCGACCCCUAAGAUACAGUUCGUACAUUUUCACCAGGAUACACGCGAUUGCAUAAAAUCGGUGCAUGUUGAGGACCUUGGAAAGAGUUAAGAUGAUCAUGUUUAGCAACGCAAAAUUCCGUAAAAAAAAAAGAAGAUUCAACACCGCGCUAAUGACGAUUUGGAAGGACAGUGAAAAUGACAGCCGGCUCAAAAUACUUUUGACGGGUUCGCAGCUGGAGUGCCGAAUGCCAAUGCAGGAGGCCGCCCGCUGUGGUCAACUGGGUGGCAUUAUUCUGCUCAGUGCGACACUUAGCAUAAAAACAGCAGUUAAUCAACAACCGAUUCCCUUACAAUCGACAAAAUACUAAAUAAUAAUCAUACAAAUUUUUGUAAUCUUGAGUUUUUCCAGCCAGAAUGACACCUUUGUACUGUGUCGCAGCACCUGGGUUGUAAAUUUCCUGAUUUUCCGGAACGUGUCGUCACGUACUUGUCGGAGAAGGAGUUGAUGCAAUAAAAGUGAAGUAAUUACGUGACUAACACUUCAGAGGAAAUGACAUUGGCGCAUGCGUGUGCCAUUCUCUGGAGAUUGGCCACUCCUUAAUUGACUGGAUUUCAAACAGGAGAACAUGCCAGAUUGGGAGGGUGUGGGGGGGGGGCAUGCUUAUGCUCAUGCUUAACACAAUAUUACAAAACUGAAGUGAAGGUAAAGGGACAGUCACGGUCAUUGGAAAGCACACUAAUAUUGGUUCGGCGCUGUCAUUCUGAGUUAAACUAACAUCCUGUCUGUUUUUUGUUUGUUUAGUUUUUUUCCUGUGCAAAUUACAUGCUGCCCAAAUACAGUUCACCUUGGAUGGUUUAACUGUAGACGCGUGCCGCAACCAGGGAAGUGUGACACGGAAAGUGGAAGUUGAACACAACCAAAGUGCUUAUACUUUUAAGGCGGGUUAAACUAAAUGUUAGCUUACUUAUCGUAGCCUGCCGUCCUUUUCAUCAAAAUUUGACUCAGCAAUUUGUUCAAUGAUAUGAAAUUAAAUAUAUAUAUAUAUUAACCAGGGAUGGGUGUAAGCACUCUGAAUGGAAUGUUCUGAAAUCCAAAUUUAUUGGAAACUUAAAGAGAGCAUCCAGAAUCACGAGGUACUUGAUUGCAGAUGCUUUUGAUUCAAGUUUUACCCUAUUGAACAGGAUUUCAAAAGUGAAUUCCCUUUGGUAAUAUCCAAAAUUCAGAAAUGUUUCUGUUCAGGAAUGCAAGUUAAUACAUUUGUAGUUUGAAUCACGAAACAAUAAUAAUUUUGCAUUACUAUUUUUUUGUUCUUAAACAAUACAUGUAAAAACACAUGGAUAACAAUAAUAAUGAUACUUUAGCUUUAAAAAGUAUUUUGGUAAUUACCAUUGCUGUUUAUUUAGGGUAGCUGUGUCUUAAACCUAUUGGAUGCUGGUCAUUGAUCAGGUGCAGACGUGGUGGAUGAUCAUGCACCACUUGUGGUUAAAUAUAAAUUAACCGAGCACGGACAAGAAGAAGAAAGAACCUGUGUGAAGUGAGUCGGCAUGGCCGUGUUCAAGCCAGAGAACGUGGAUGACUUCUACGAGAUCGGGGAAGUAUUGGGAAGCGGCCAUUUCGGUGAAGUCCGUCGGGUCCGCGAGUUGGCAACGGGUACGUACUGGGCGGGCAAGUUCAUGAAGCUGCGCAAGAACUCGUGCAGCCGACUGGGGCUGGAGCGGAGCCGCGUAGAGGAGGAGGUGGAGGUGAUCCAGGCCCUGCACCACCCCAACAUCGUUGCCCUCAAAGAUGUCUUCGAGAGUCGCUCGGAGGUGGUGCUUAUCCUGGAAAUCGUGAGCGGCGGCGAGCUGUUUGACUUCAUCGCCGAGAAGGAGAUGCUGACGGAGGACGAGGCCAUCCAGUUCAUGGAGCAGAUCUUGGACGGGCUGGGCUUCAUGCACAGCAAGAACAUCGGCCACUUUGACCUCAAGCCAGAAAACAUCAUGCUGUCGGACAAAGAGUCGCCGCAUCCCAACAUCAAACUCAUUGACUUUGGCCUCGCGCACCAUUUUGUGCCCGGCGAGGUGUACAAGAGCACAAGUGGCACCCCUCAGUACAUCGCCCCAGAAGUGAUCAACGGCGAACCCCUGGGCACGGCGGCAGAUAUGUGGAGCAUCGGAGUCAUUACGUACAUACUCUUGAGCGGCAUGUCGCCGUUCCAGGGCAACACGGACGAAGACACGCUGAGGAACGUCCUGGCCAUGGACUACAAGUUUGACCCGCAGUGCUUCAGCACCACCAGCUGCACAGCCAAAGACUUCAUCCAGAAACUCCUGCUCAAGAAUCCCAGUGACAGACCGACGGCCGAGCAGUGUCUGCUUCACCCGUGGAUCAAGCCCCUGACGCGCAAACAGAAGGCCAAAAGGAAUCGUUCCUCCAUCAAUAUGAAGAACUUCAAGAAGUUCAACGCCAGAAGGAAGUGGAAGAUGUCCUACAACAUGGUCUGGAUCUGCAACCGUCUGGUCCGCGCAAAACUGUUGUGUAAAGGCAGCUCAGAUACACCAGAGAGACAAUGCGAAAGCGACACGGAGGACAUGGGUAGCAAACCCGCAUCGUUGCUACGGAGACGACUCAGUAGCAGUUCAUAAGUGUCGGCCACAGGUGGGCAGCGGCGAGCGGUGAAACAAAGGAUGGACUGUUUUUGCUUCACUGUCACUGCGGUUGUAGAAUGAAAUUGGAACGUGGAAUGUUGUUGCUAAAGAAAGUGUUAAGCGUUUAGUCCAACUCCUUGAUAUCCAUCUUAUUGUCCAUGUACACACUUAAUCCUUACUUGUAAGACAAUUGAGUGCACUAGCAAAACGACUAGGGCACACUUUUUUCCCCACUACUAGUGCCACUUUUGGGUUUUAAUGAUAUGGAAUAAACCCUCGGAUGAAUUCCUGCUUUAAAUUCUGUCCUGUAAUGAGAAAUACUAGUGGGAAAGGAAAAAAAAAACGCAGAAGGAAAACCUUCCCUUUAUUUUUCCAUGCAUUAUAUGACCCCUGCCCCCCCAAAAAAGCUCAAUGUUGUUGAAAUUCCACUUCAAAAACAUUCCUACCUCAACUCACCUGUCAUUGCAGUAGCAUGGCCACCACCACGCAGCCAUUUUGUGCAGCACUUCUGAAGAAUAUUCUGUCAUGUAAACAUGAUCACUCAUUUGAUCUCAUGUAUAUUAUUGUAUUGUAUCUUUUUUUUUUUUUUUUAGAUGUUUUUAGAAUUUUGUGGUUAUGUCAAUUUUCUUUCCAUGUAAUGCAACCCACUCAAAAAGCAUGUUGCAAUCUAAAAUAAAUGUACUGUAUUAUGUAUUAUUAUUUUUUUAAUCACUACAGACUAUGGCUUCUUUUUUUUAAGACAUAUUUUGUGUUGUGUGUUUCCAUAUUAGCAUUUUUAUACCCCUAUAAGAAAUAAUAAGGGACCGAAUCUUUGCUUUAUUAACUGUCCAGGCUAUGCUUUCCAUCACUUUUUCCCUUUUAGCUACAUGCUAAUUUUGUGUUAGCAUUUGAAUCUUAAUGAAAUGGUGAGCUAAAGCAACUCCCACCUUGAUGUAGCAAAAAUGUUAGCAUGCAGCCACUCGUAUAAUGGAUACAUGCAAUUUUUGGCGUCUGAUUUAAUUUAACUGUAUGUAAAAUAAAGUCAAGCUAAUUAUGCUAUGCUGUCAGCUACAUGCUACAUUUACUUCUAAGUUCAAUACAGUUGAAUUUACUUGUUUGUUUUUAAGCAUUUCUUUGGGUACAGUUUUAUUUGAGGUUUAUGUGCUAUACAUUGGAACUUAACUUUCUUUUAAUUAUUAUUUCCCUAUAUUUUAGCACUGUGUUAAUGUUCUAACAGUGCAUAAUGGGUUACAAGAAUAUUAAAUAUACUUUCAGGACUACAA